CACAGUGCUCAAGGUGAAGCAGCAGUGUUUACCUUCUCUGACUGCCCAUUUGGUCUUUUAGUGACUCAUUCUAAAUGAAAACCUGACAGCUCUGCCUGCCCGUAUAUCAACAAGAUGCUGGAUGAACGGAUCUGGACCGUCUUUAAGAACUACUGGCAGCAAACUCUGACCUACUGGAGUGUGUUUUUUAGCUUUGGAAUGUGCAUUGCAUUCCUCGGACCAACAAUUUCAGACUUGAGGUGUCAGACUGGCUCCACCCUGCAGCAGAUCACCUGGGUCUUCUUCACACAGCAGUUCUUUCUGUUGUUUGGCAGCAGCUUGGGAGGACUCUGUAAGAAAACAAUUGGGUUUUCCCUGUCAGCCCUGUUUACCUGCACACUCAUCAUCUCGUUCGUGUUUGCCAUCAUUCCACUAUGUGAUAAUGUGGUGCUGCUGUCCAUUGCCAUGGCGAUUGCUGGAAAUGCCAUGGGGAUGAUUGACACCAUCGCCAACCUGCAGCUCGUUAAGCUGUUUCAGAAAGACUCCGCCAUUUUCCUUCAGGCCUUGCAUUUCUUUAUUGGCCUCGGUGCCCUGAUCAGUCCCCUAGUUGCUGAUCCUUUCCUGGAUGAGGACAGCUGCGCUGUUGGUGUCAAUUCAACAACCAACUCUUCAUCAUCCUACUCAUUCUCAGAUCUAGGGGACCUUCAAAGCAACUUGACUAGGCCAGGAUCAUUGAGCCACAACAUCUCUGAAUAUUCUCUGCACACUGAGGGAGUCUUAAAAACAAGGGUCUCCUUCGCUUUCUGGAUCAUGGCUCUCAUCAAUCUCCCGGUGCCUGUAGCAGUGCUGAUGUUAAUGUACCGUGAAAGAACUGUGGUGUGCUCCACUCAUGGUCCACACCUGUUUGACAGAGACUCCCAUUCGAGCAUAAGUCCUGGAGGGCACGAUGGUCAAGGCCAUGGCGUUGGGUUUGAAUGCUGUAACCUGAACAAACUUCGCAAUCGCCCUAUUACAUUCUUCAUCAUCCACACUUUGGGAGGAGCCAUUCUCUUCAUUACUGAUGGAAUUAUAGGCACUUACGCUGCCUUUGUCUACACUUACGCUGUUUCUCCUCCUCUGAUGAUGGGUCAUAAGACCGCCGGCUGUUUGGACAGUGUUUUCUGGGCCUGCAUCACAGUUGGCAGACUAGUUUUCAUCUAUCUGUCAUACAGAUACCCAGCAGCAAGGCUCCUCAUUAUCAGCCUGGUGGGAGUUGUUCUGGUGCAGGUCCUGCUGUUGAUAUUUUACACCAGCAGUGUAUUUCUCUUCAUUGGUACCUGUGUGUUGGGAUUAUUCAUCAGCAGUGUUUUCCCAUCUAUGCUGGCUUUUACAGAGGACAUCCUGGACUACAAGGGAUGUGCAACAACUGUUCUGGUGACCAGCGCCAGCACAGGAGAGAUGCUGCUGCAGGUUAUUGCAGGAUCGGUGAUCAACACUCAGGGCAGCUAUUCUUUCAUGCUUUGUGGCACAAUAUCAUCCUGCAUUGGUUUGAGUUUAUUCUUGCUACUCCUUUAUGUCCACAACAUUCACAGGAAACAACACACAGGUUUGUCUACAAAUACUGAGAUGACAGAAAAGCCCAAAUCAGAGGGAGCCUCAUUUUAGGAAACCAGACACCAGAGAUACAGAUUACUUAUAAAUCCAUCUCAUCUCAGCACUUUGAAGAUUUAGAUGUUGCUGCAGCAUCCUCCUCCAUGUCACAACGAAAAUUCACU